AUGGGUGUUGAAGUGAACGCCUACGACAUUGACAUUGCACAUCGAAUCCCCAUGAGAAAUGCCAGCGCUGGACCAAGACCUAUUAUUUGCAAAUUUACUCGUAGGUUUGUCAGAAAUAAAAUCAUUGCAGCGAAAAAAAAAGCAACGAACGUAAGAGCCGAAGCUAUUGGUCUCCAAUCUAACCCAGACGCUUCUCCAAAUCGCAUUAUGAUUGUGGAACAUCUUACACCGAAGACACAAGUUCUUUUCAGUGAAGCGAGACGAUUCCAGAAUCAGCAUAAUUACAAGUUCUGUUGGGUGAAAAAUUUUACUAUUUUUCUGAGGAAGACUGAAGAUAGUAAUCAUAUCCAGAUUCGUUGCCCACAAGACUUGGCGAAACUGGCCGAGUAA